GUGACCCCCCCCUCCCGUUCCUCCGCGGCCACAUUGAUUUUCCUUCCCCCUUCGACGGAUCCUUGUGACGGUGCAGCUUGGCCCACAGUGUCCGAGACAGAAUGGCGUCAGGCGUGACCGUGAACGACGAGGUCAUCAAGGUGUUCGACGACAUGAAGUUGAGGAAGUCCUCCCAACAGGAGGUGAAGAAGAGGAAGAAGGCGGUACUCUUCCGUCUAAGCGACGACAGGAAGAAGAUCAUCGUGGAGGAGGGGAAACAGAUCCUGGUGGGCGACAUCGGCGAGACGGUGGACGACCCCUACGCCUGCUUCGUGAAGCUCCUCCCCCUGGACGACUGUCGAUACGCCCUCUACGACGCCACCUAUGAGACCAAGGAGUCCAAGAAGGAGGACCUAGUCUUCAUCUUCUGGGCUCCGGAUGCCGCUCCUCUCAAGAGCAAGAUGAUAUACGCCAGCUCCAAAGACGCCAUCAAGAAGACAUUUACAGGUAUCAAACACGAGUGGCAGGUGAACGGGCUGGACGACAUCCAGGACCGCAGCACGCUGGCCGAGAAGCUAGGCGGGAACGUGGUGGUGUCGCUGGAGGGGAAGCCGCUGUGAUGUCAUCAGCCGUGCCAUGUGACCCACCUGAACGCCGCCUGCUGUGUGUCACGUCAAGGAUCAGCGUCUUUGGGCGCCCUUGUGCACUUGCUUUUACCCCCAGAUGAUCUCAUUAACAUAAAAUAUGCAAACUCCUCCCACUUUGCUGCCACAUGGCAGGAAGGUUUUGCCAAACAUCACAAGGCUUUUUAAAGGACUUUUAUUUAUAUUCUUCUCCUUUGUGGCGCCGGUAGCGCUCGCUCCUCGACGCCUUACGUUCGCUCGGUAUGUCACUUAGUUCCAGUGCGCCUUUAUUUUGGAAACACUACAGGAAGCAGAGACGCCUUAACGUGAAACCUUGUUUGUGAGAUCACAGGAAGCCACUGCAAUAAAAGGCCUGUGGCCCCGC